AUGCCAGACUUGCGUCGCCAAAUCUUCGAAAGUGGCAAGACCGUCUCGCGCAAGGCGGCCUCCCGCGAAGCUUCCCGCACUAAUUCUCGAACCGGUUCUAAGCAAUCCUCUCGAAAUGCCAGCAGGGCACCUUCCGACGAAGAGGAUUCAGGUUUCCUUUCCGAUGAGACAUCUAUGAGCAUCGGCUCAUUCGACGAUGAGAACCCAGAAACUGAGAAUCCCGACUGGGAGCAGGAGCUCGGUGAUCGCAUUCAAGAAAUUCUCGACCGCAAGCGCAGCAGUGUCCAAGGCCGCGAGGAGGCUCUGCGAGCAUUCUGCCGUCUGACCAAAUAUCACUACGCCGUAGAAGAAUUGAACGGCACGGUGGAAGCUUUGCUGGCUGCAUUUGCCAGAAGUGUUCGUACUGAAGUCAGCGACCUCGAGGCGACCCUUGCACUCCGUGCGAUCGAGUUGCUCGCCAUUUCAGCUUUCGACAACACCAUUUACGAAAAUGCUGAGCCUCUGCUCACCCGGACCGUCCGUGACUCCACCUCCCCUGCCAUCAAGGCAGCCGCUAUCCAAUGUCUCGGAGCAUGCACUGUUUUCGGAGGUGCCGGCACAGAUGGCAUGCUUGAACAGAUGACUUUCUUUCUCGACAUCAUCGCCUCUGAUGGUCAGUCCGUCGAGGCCAAGGACGACCCCGUCGUCGUAACCGCUGCAAUUCAGCAGUGGGGAUUCCUCGCCACCGAGAUCGACGAUUUCGAAGAAGAAAGUGAGGAGGCCGUUCAAAUCUUCAUGGACCAACUCGACAGCUCCGACUCCAAUGUGCAGAUCUCCUCGGGUGAGAACAUCGCCCUCCUCUACGAGAAAAGUUACACCCCCGAGGAAGAUGACGAAGACGAAGAUGAAGAAAGCGGUGACUCGGAUGAAAGCGACAAGCAUGAUAACGACCCAACGACCGGGCCCAAGCUCGUCAAGCGAUACAAUGCCUACCACAACACCCCCGAGCUGGAAGCCCAGCUCCACAACUUGGCAACCAUCCAUACCAAGCAGAUCAGCAAGCGCGACAAGAAGUCCCUGCACAGCAACUUCGCCUCGAUCCUCACUACGGUCGAGAACCCCCGCCGUGGCCCUCGCUACAACACUGCCAUCGACCAAAACACCAACCGCCACUACGGCAGCACUUUGACCGUCAAGAUCGGCCGGCAUGGCGUGAUGUCCAUUGAUCGAUGGUGGAAGUGGGUGCGUCUGACUGCUCUGCGCCGUGUCUUGCAAGGUGGCUUUGCCGAGCACUACUUCCAGGGCAAUCGUUCCGUUCUCGACAGCCUUCCUGUUAUGAUGCGCAUGACUGACCAGAGCUCUGGCACCGUGGAUCGCCAGAGUGCUCGCAAGGCGGCUAAGAUGCGUAACUCGCGUCGCUGGACUGCUCAUCAAUCUGAUGAUGAUGAUGACGAGUAG